ACCGCAACAAAGUACAACAAUUCUUAUAACACACAUGCUUCACGGCGCGGCCGUUCCCUCACCUUUCCCCCACCAUGUAUUCCCAAAAACGAAGGCGAACAGCUACUAGCGUUCUCGCAGGCGACUUCGACCCGCGUCCUUCUCGCGACGUGCUCACUAGCUUGUUGAACGGCGUACCGUUGUACAAGGUGGUCGAGAAGGAGGAAGAGGUUAGGCGGGCCAAGAAGAAAGAGAAGAAGGAGAAGGAGAAGGAGAAAGGGAAGGAGAGAGAGAAAGAGAAGGCCAAGGAGAAGGAGAGGGAUAUUUCUCGCGCGCGGUCGACCAGUAGGGCGCGAGAGAAGGCACCGGCGGCGGCGGCCAGUAUCAGUGCGGCUGCUACUUCGUCUUCAAGCUUCAAUAACAAACGUCCUGUUGCUGCUCCACGCGCCAUUACUGCUGCCUCACCCUUCUGGCAGGCCCGCCCCAACAUCCACAUCCCACAUAUGCAGCGAUCGGUUUCUGUAACCCCACCACCCAUGGUAUCCUCGCCACCUACUACUCCUGGGCCGUCUAUCUCAUCAACUACGUCUGCUACUUCGUCUAAACGUCCUCACACACCAUACGACGAUGAGGACUUUGCUCAAGGUCGUAGUGAAGGCACAUACUCUCCACAACCCGAGCAACAGCGGUCCCGGAAGAAGCGACCAGCGGCGAGGAAAGGUUGGAAGGGUUGGGUGGAAGGUUCGCCGCCUCCAUCGGAGAAGCUCAUCAACCUGGAUGCUGUUGUUGUACUUGGGGAGCGUAAGACGAGGAGUGGGAAGAGCUUCGAUGCGAUCGGCGUAGGCAAGGAGGGGUGGGUUUAAUCAUGCUGCUGUGUCUGCGGAUACCAUCGGCUUCAACUCCUGGCACGUUUCUCGUCUCGCGGCUUCAACAAGCUUCAUACCACUGUAUUGUCCACCCUGCUGAUUUAUCAAGCGUUAUCAUUGUGUUCCAAUCUUCAAUUGUAUCCUAUCUCUGUUGGAUCAGUCUGUUGCCUCCUCUACGUUUCUACACUAUUCUCAAUCCCAUUCCUUCUCUAUAUUUCUUCUUGGCAUCUUAGGUUUCUUGCUUUCCUCUAUGUGCCCUUCGCGACGUGACUUUCUAUAUUCCCUUUUGGUGGUAUCUUUUCUACGGUCAUCGAGUAGAGUGUUUUGGAAUGUUUAAGUAGGGCGUGUCUUGCGAUCAAUCCAUGCUGAUUGUGU